CCAAUCCCUCCAGUUCUCCACAAACCGCCCAAGUUUUCGCCCAAAGCCACGAAAAUUCAAACCCCGCGCGCUAAGAUUCCCCAAAUCCCACCGCUACUUAAACCCACCCGAUCCCCCAACAACACCGCACCAAGAAUUCUCUCAGAAAUCCCCGCGUUGUUUUCGAGCCCAGAUCCCCGUCGCCGCCACCCCCUCCGCAGCCCCCCAACCCGAUGGCCCGCACGAAGCAGACGGCGCGCAAGUCCACCGGCGGCAAGGCGCCGCGGAAGCAGCUGGCGACGAAGGCGGCGCGCAAGUCGGCCCCGGCGACCGGCGGCGUGAAGAAGCCGCACCGCUUCCGCCCGGGCACCGUCGCGCUCCGCGAGAUCCGCAAGUACCAGAAGAGCACGGAGCUGCUCAUCCGCAAGCUCCCCUUCCAGCGCCUGGUCCGCGAGAUCGCGCAGGACUUCAAGACCGACCUCCGCUUCCAGUCCUCCGCCGUCGCCGCGCUGCAGGAGGCCGCGGAGGCCUACCUCGUCGGGCUCUUCGAGGACACCAACCUCUGCGCCAUCCACGCCAAGCGCGUCACCAUCAUGCCCAAGGACAUCCAGCUCGCCCGCCGCAUCCGCGGGGAGCGCGCCUAGGCGCCUCGCUUGAUUGCUACCACUAGUGCUAGGUGUUUAGGCUGCUGUCGUCGUGUUCUAGGUGUUGCGUUGUUCUUCAGUUAUUUGCUUCCUGCUUUGUGUUGAUGCUAUCGAUGGAUUAUAAUUGUUAGUGGAGAAAUGCAGUGGAAGUGAUCUACUUUAUCAUCAAUCUUCUAAGUUUGUUCUUCUGAAUUGUCAA